UCGGCGUUACUGGACGUGCAGUGAAUUGUCAAACGUACAACAGAUGAGCUAAAGGACCGACAAGCCUCACAGCACUGCAGAAACCCCUCCACUGUGGUGCAGCGACAGCACACUGACCUGCCUGCGUCGGUAACUUAAGAGACUAGAUGCCCUCUCCGAAAGCCAAAAACCCCGGUCGCGGUGGAGGAAGCCCAGUGUUUGGCAGCUCCAACGGCCGCUACGAGUUCAUGUCGCUGACAAAGCCGCUGAACCGUUCCUCCCCGCCGCCUCACCUCCUCCAGAGGCAGGGCUCCGACCCGAACACCGCCCGGCUCCGAGCCUCGGAGAGCCCCACUCGGCGCCGGGGCUCCAGCUCCUCCACCGGGAGCGGUCAGGGGAUGGCGGAAGAGGACGGUAUACGGAUCAACCCCUCUUUCAUCCGCGUAGCGCUGAGCUCGCUGCUCGCCAUCGACCUGUGGCUGUCAAAGCGACUGGGGGUGUGUGCCUGUGAGGACUCGUCCUGGGGCAGCGUGCGCCCGCUAAUGAAACUGAUAGAGAUAUCGGGACAUGGUAUCCCUUGGCUGGCUGGCACCGCUUACUGUCUGUACAAGAGUGACAGUGCUGCAGGACAAGAAGUCAUGCUCAACCUCUUCAUGGGCCUGCUGUUGGACGUGGUCCUGGUGGCUAUUGUUAAGGCUGUGGUGCGUCGGCGUAGGCCAGCGCAUAACCGCAUGGACAUGUUCGCCACCUUCUCCGUGGACCGCUACUCCUUCCCUUCCGGCCACGCCACCCGCGCUGCUAUGUGCGGGCGGUUCCUGCUGGCCCACCUGGUGCUCGCCGCCCCCCUUAGGGUCCUCGUCCUGCUGUGGGCCGUCUUGGUGGGGCUGAGCCGAGUGAUGCUGGGCAGGCACAAUGUGACUGAUGUGAUGUUUGGGUUCUGGAUGGGCUAUUGCCAGUAUAACCUGGUGGAGAUGGCAUGGCUUUCACCUCAAACUCUGCAAGGGCUGCUGGGACAGUUGAUUUAAUGUUAAACACUGAAGGAGAUACAGUCUGUUUAGAUCUGGAUGGUACGAGCACCUGCACACCUUUUUGUCUUCAAGACAGAUCAGAAAAAGUGUACUUUGACUAGAGAAGGGCACCACUAUCACACAGUUUUUUCUGCUGUUAUAUUACAGUACAAUAGCAUCCAACCUUCAUUCUAAUGAAUCACUGACUACCUUUCCUCACAAUUAAUAAUACAGGAAUUGAAUCAGAAUAGACCACAAAGGAACAUAUUUGAUCAAUUUACAACUGAAGCCACCACACUCACCUCAACCACCUCAUUUGCACUCUUACUGGCCUGAAUCAUGGACCAUAUGAAGUGUAUGAACAGUUGUUUUGGAGACUGAACAUUGGGAGCAGCUUCCCCACAUGUCUUCAGUUAGCAUCUUUGUUUAGCACAAGAUGUAGGAACUGAGCUUGAUAUUCGCCAACUGAUUUGGCUGCUCAGCAGUUUAUGCUGCGAUUCCCCUCCAGUUCUUAAAGGUCUCCUCUCCUUUCAAAGAGCAUACUCAAUUUUGACUUCCCUCUUCCUCACAACUACAUCUGAUAGGAUUACACAUUUCAUUGCUUCAAGGUGACACACCUUGACCAUGACAAACAUUAAUUUCACCAAUUUAUCUCUCUUUGUCAAUCUCAAAUUAUGAGAUAAUCAAAUUUAUUAGACAUCCCAUCCAGUUUCCGCCACUUAUCCAAGGCCAGGUCACACUGGCAUUAGGCUGAGUAAGGAAACCUGGGGGAUCCCAAGGUGUUUCCAGGCCAGGAGAGAUAUGUAAUCCCUCCACUGUGUUCUGGGUGUGUCCCGGGGUCUACUACCAGUUGGACGUACCCCAAAAACCUCUAGAGGGAGGCCUCCAGGAGGCAUUCUGACCAGGUGCACAAACCUCCUCUGCAUGGUCCUUUCGAUGCAAAGGAGUAUUUAUUUAACAGUAUCACAAUUUCAGUAAUAAUCAACCAUAUCAGAUCACGUACAACUGAUAUACUAAUCAACUCUGAUGAGUUUAAGGGUUAAUAUUUCAACACCAAAUCACUACCUUUAUUUGCUAAACAGGUUUCCCCUUAUACAGGGAAAACAGCAUUAUCUGAUGAGGGUCUAAAAACAGAAAUGUCAAACUUUUUCACUGUUAGUUGCUAUAAACAGUGUGUGGGAGUCCUCUUCUCUAGUCAUUGAUAGUUUCAAAUGAUGUAGCAAGGUACAAUGUACAAUACAUUUGCAAUAUGAGGAAGGAAAGUUUCAUAUUGAAUGGACUUGAGUCAAGGCAGUAGGGUAGUGCAUACUGUAUCUUUACAUCUUCAUUGUUAUGUAAUGAGCCAUCCAUUUACUAAAGAUAACACGCCAAACUGAAGAAAAAUAACCACAGUCCAGUUUGGUUUAUGGUAAAGUUACAGGUGAGAAAUUAUAAUUGAAUGACGCUAACAUUAGCAACUAUUAGCAAUCACAGACUGUACCCGACUGAUCCAUCCUGUGUGAUGGAGAUGUUGGUGAUUAAAAACAUAUCAGUGCUUAAGGGGAAGGGGAUGGGUUUUCAUCACCUGAGAUAUUGUUCAUAAAAGUGUCAACUUGCUAAAAAACUUGCACUGUGAAACCAUUCUUAAAGACACUGGCAUUGCACUUUUCUUCCCUUAUUUUACUCCAGCCAUGAUUCCAAGCUCUGCAAUAAUUUUAGCAUAGACCAGUAUAGACUAUUCAUUAGUAGAUAUUUUGAAAUAAUAUACCAGAACGAAUAUGAAAAAACGCAUGUCAUUCCCCUUCAGAGCCUUGCUAGCAUGCAGUUUUUUUUAGUGUUGGUGAGAACAUUUUAAAUGUUUAAUUUAUUAUGUAAUAGCCUGGUAUACUUCCAGGGUUCAUGAAUCAGUGAACAGAAUUGGAAUAUACAGAACUUUAUUUAUCCCUAUUAGGUUACCUUUUUACACCCCUUGUUUUUUCUCGGGGUCAACCCUCAGGCAUGUUGACCUACUGACUAAAUCUGAUCCUGUGUGUGUGUGUGUGUGUGUGUAGACGUGUCUUAGGGGUGUAGCCCCUGGUGUGUUAAGGUGCACGCACCAUUUCCCAGAAGCAGCAUGUUUGAUGAUUAAUCCAUUUCCAGUGAUAGACCCAUUGACUGAAUGCCGGUCCGAGAUCCAACAUUAAUGUUAAACCUUUCAAGUGACGCCAGCGGUCAAGUGUUUGACGUUAGUAUGGUCACAGAGGUUGUCGACCCAUCUGUAAGCGAUUGGGUGAUGUGAGGUGUGAAACGUUGCGAUUACCUGUUUUGUGCCCUUCGCUAUCACAUAUGUAGUAAAAAACUGAUCUGAUAUUGCUUUUAAUAACCAGAGAAAACAUUUUAAAGGAAAAGUCAGACAACUCAAUCUGAAAAGUAUGUGACUUUUUCAGGGGAAAUGUCAUUCAAGAAAUCAUUCUGUUUAUUUUAAACUAACCAAGAGAAUCAGUGUCAGCCCACAUAGUGUACACGUCAUCAGGCCUCUUAUUUUUACUUAAUUGGCAAAUGAAUCAAAAUGAUCAGUCAAGCUUAAUGGAAGCUGUUGUAUGUUAAAUGUUAAAUCUGAGUUUUGUGGUCAGUCAAAUAUCAGAACAUGUAACAUAAUCCAAAACCAGAUUUUAAAGUAGAAAAGUAAAGAAAAUGUGUUACUGCUGCUGAUCAGUUCAUUUACUAAAUGCUCCACAUCUCUAUACUUUGAUGUGCGUGUGUGAGCUGACCUCUCUGUCAGGACAGAGUGGAUAAUUUGUAACUUCUGUUGCCAAGUAGUAAAUUGCACAACAUUUCUUGCGUACUUCACAUAUACACAGGGUUCAAAAUUAACAGUUUUUGCUUCCACGGGUCAAAUGGCUUGUGAAUGUUUACAUUUUACCAGCCAAUCCAUAUAUAACCACUGUUUUUUGAACUGGUGAGUGAAGCAAAUCUACCAGCCACUUGUGUAUUUUACCAGCAUGUGGCUGGUGGCUGGUGCUGAUUUUGAGCCGUGUCUCCACACUUAUAUUAGAACUGCCAGAAACCAGAACUUCUUCAUCUGCACGUGCACCCUAAUUUCCGUUUAUUGGCCGGCUUUGAUUUGGAUAUUAAUCAGGACUUAGAUCCAAUAUGAAAAGUUAUGGUUUCUGUUUGAAUGUAUUUCAACUUAUUACAAUCUUUUUGACAGAAAGAAUGUUUAGUUCUCGUGUCUUUGUAGUUUUUACUAAUACUGUACUUCUGAAAGUUUUUUGACAAACCAGAACCAGGUAUUGGGUUCGAGCCAACAUUAUUUAACAGACUCCAGUCUGUUCCCUGGUACACUGGUGCCCCCAUUGAAGACUGUUUCAUUGACCUCUAACAUGCUGUACCUUCAUUCUGCAAUAACUGACCGAUGAGCUUCCCUCUGCAAGUGAUAAGAUUACUAGGGAAUUUUCCAAACUUAGAUGUCAUAAAUUGGCGUGCACUAGGUCAAAGUAAGGCCUUGAGGUGUAAGGCCAGCACCAAAUCUUGACCGUGAGACACACUGUCUCCCCUUCAGACAGUAGAUGCAGCUGUCUGCUCCCAAGAGGUGGUAGCUUCCUUUUUUUUUCUUGACACUUCUGUGAUAAAUCAAAAUAUGCUGGAUAGUGAACUUUGCGACCAAAUUAUUUUUAUGGCCAUUUUUUGUGUUUUUAUUUUGAUAAUGAGAAAAAGCCUAAUCUUUCAGAAAAAUGUGUUGAUCACAAUAAUUACAGGCACAAUAUAUUUAUGUGUGUUAUGAGUAGAUAUUGCACAUUCCACCUGUCACCUGUUUACUCUCAAGCUGAAGAAACACCAGUAUCAAGAGGCACUGUUUGUUUUUUGAGCUUUGAUUGUCACAAAAAAUGUGACAUCAAGCUCUAAAAUUAUGUCUUAGUUGCACAGUGUCAAACAUGAAGCCAGCUCCAAUAAUGGUCACUACACUCAGUUUUGCCUGCUUAUCACUAUAAAUGGUAUUGUGUGUUUUACUGUAUGGACUUUAUUCUUAUGUAUCUUAAUGUAUAUACAUAUGCCUGUAUGGUCAUGUAAUUACGCUGUUAUGUUCAGUGGAUUCAAACGUUAUUGCAGUUAUUCAUGAAUGAUUUGAUUGUAAUUUU